UUUUAAUUCUUUCCCAUUUGCCAAACGCCGAGUUGAGGCGUCGCCCUCUCAUCAGUAAUCAAAUUAUUACGAUGAGAUGGAAAAACAUCCCAAAAGAAUCGAGUCCACUUGAAAUCACACAUUUUUGCGCGCAAUUUCAAGCCUCGAUCGUAUAGAUUGCACGCUGACGAUUCAGCCGCCGCAAACAAACGGGCGUAGGUUGAUUCGCUGUUUCGGAGGGAUGAACCGGAAAUCUAAUUGUGCUAUUUGUGAGAAUUCAAAUCUUGCUUCUAUCUGUGCUGUUUGUGUGAAUUACAGAUUAAAUGAGUAUAACAAUACUCUGAAGGCACUGAAGAGUCGUCGCGAGUCAUUGUAUUCAAGAUUGACUGAAGUGCUUGUCGCAAAGGGUAAGGCCGAUGAUCAAAUAAAUUGGAGAGUGCUUCAAAAUGAGAAGCUUGUGAGGUUGAGGGAAAAACUCCGGCGUAAUAAAGAACAGCUUGUGCAAGGGAAGGCUAAGAUUGAGAAGGCGUCCCAUGACCGUAAAGUCAAGGAUGGGGUGCUUGAAUCGGCCCUCUUUGCGUUGGGAAAGAAUCGUGCGGAACAACUGGAUAAGUUCUAUCCCAACCUUAUAUGCACUCAGAACUUAGGGCAUAUGGCCAUUACCUCUGAACGCCUUCAUAAACAGUCAGUAGUUAUAAAACAAAUAUGCAAAUUGUUUCCCCAACGUCGGGUGAAUGUAGAUGAAAAGAAAAAUUAUGGAUCUGGUGGUUUAUACGAUCAAAUUUGCAAUGCAUGCUUACCAAGAGGGCUAGAUCCACACUCAGUUCCAUCAGAAGAGCUUGCUGCUUCCUUGGGGUACAUGGUUCAACUCCUGAAUCUUGUUGUUCAGAACUUAGCUGCUCCAGCACUUCAUAACUCAGGUUUUGCGGGUUCUUGCUCUAGGAUAUGGCAAAGAGAUUCUUAUUGGGAUGCGCGCCCUUCUUCUCGGAGCAAUGAAUAUCCCCUAUUUAUACCACGCCAAAAUUAUUGCUCCAGUAGUGGGGAAAAUUCUUGGUCUGACAAAAGCUCAAGUAAUAAUUUUGGUGUUGAUUCAAUAGAAUCUGUGAGGAAACCACAUCUGGAUUCUUCUGGUGGUAGCUUUAAUUACACUUCCGCUUCUUCACACACUGUUGAAACGCACAAUGAUUUGCAGAGAGGGAUUUCACUUCUUAAGAAAAGUGUCGCAUGCAUUACAGCGUACUGCUAUAACUCACUAUGUUUAGAUGUUCCUUCUGAGGUAUCUACAUUUGAAGCAUUUGCAAAAUUGUUGGCCACAUUAUCUUCUUCCAAGGAAGUUCAUUCUGUGUUCUCGUUAAAAUUGGCAUGCUCAAGGUCAUGUAAGCAAGUUCAACAACUAAACAAAUCUGUGUGGAAUGUGGAUUCGGCCAUAUCGUCAACCACUCUAUUGGAUAGCGCACAUGCAAUGGCACUAACGAAAAACUUGUAUGAAAAAAACCUUCCAAAUUAUUCCACCACCUUUCUUAGCUCCACUGAGUUGUCAGAUGGGAAGAAUGAAUCCCUUAUUGAAGAAUGGGAUCUUGUGGAACGUCCUACUUUUCCGCCUCCACCAUCACAGCCUGAGGAUAUUGAGCAUUGGACACGAGCCAUGAUCAUCGAUGCUAAAAGAAAAUGACUCAGUGCUAGAAUGGGGUCUUUCUGCUCUCUGUAAAUCAACGUAGACUUCAUCAAAACGUAAGGCUGGCGGACUUACAGGCUUUUGUAACUCUCUUGCAGUGUUUUACUUCGAAAUUAUACAUUAUUUAGCUUGUAAAUAUAACUGAUCUAUUGGUUGUAUUGUAUAUUCUUGUAAAUUAAUAUCGAUCGAGGAGUUUUUACUUUUA